AAGCUUGGGUUUACACAGCAUCUGUAAAGUGAAAAUAAGGAUUUCUAUUCGGAGAUACUAAUUUAAAAAAGAACGGGUGCUAACGCUUGCUUUUUCUGCGAACUCUAUGGGGCUGACGCAGCGCUCUCUGACUGCUUCCUGUGUGUUUGGAAAAAAAAGACCUGCCGGACAAAGCGCGCGAACAGCGGGCAUUUAAAAAGUAAAACGUGUGAUGGAGGGCCCUGGCUGUCUGCUUGAGCGGUUUGAGAAGAGCCACCGCCUGCUUAUCCAGGCCCUGAUGUCGGGCAGCACCGGUGCCACCCUGGCGCUAAAGGUGUUGCAACGCUUGAGGGGGAGCUUUAACUGGGGGGGCCUGGUGAGCACCCUGACCAGAGAGGAGCCCUGUCUGGAGGGAGAGGCACACAGCCUGGCAGUGAAGCCUCUGGUCUGCCUGUUUCCUGUCGCAUUCAAAAGGAACCUCCUAGCUUUCCUUCACAGGACCCACGCCACGGUGCCCAGAGAUUGCCUGCUGGAUUUGGUCCGCUCAUUCCAACAGGACCCCAAAUCUGACUCUUGGGUUCAGGCACUGCUCGGGGUCCUAAAUCGGGACCUGGAAUCCGGCGACACUGCUGCUUCGAUCCAGCUGACCAGCGAGUGCCAACAGAGAGUGAAGCUGCUGUCCGAGAAAAUCAGAGCAGGCAGUGGGCCUGGAGGCAGGUGGAUGGGGUAUUUCAAUGCACACUCGGAGAACUACAGAAAGAGAAAGAGCGACACUGUCGGGCUGACCCAGGGCAGCGCCUCGGACUCUGAGGACGGGGGAAGCCAGAGCAAGAAGCAGAAAGUGACCCACGCUGGCGACAUCGCCGUGGAUUGUGGGACGGAGGAGAAGGCUGCGGAGGAAAUCCUCGAUGGGCCUGUCUUGGAUGAAGGGCUGGGUAGCGCAGGGGAUUGUGGGCUGCUUGGAGGACUGAUGGCUUCGGGAGAGAGCGAGAAGCUUCAGCCGAGCCUGGCGUCUGUCUCUGUGGUAUCUGAGGGACAGGGCACCUCCAAGACCGGCAGUGUUGGAGAGCUUCCUGACAGAAUUCGGUCUUACGUUCCGAAGCUCAGGGAGCUACUGGAAUCCGAUAUGGAGAAAUCAGAGCCAGGCUCCAGUGAAGACCUGCAGGUGCUGAAUGAGUGUGAUCCAGCUCAGGUGGAGCUGUUGUGCAGUGUGCUGUGUCUCUCUGAGGUGCCCGAGCAAGUCUUGCCCCAGUUCUGCACCGUGCUGCUGGCGCUCUCCCCCGAUCUGAGCUGCAGUACUGCAGCCGAGCUUGCCAGGAGUCUCUUCCUCAGCAAGGUCCUCUCCCUGACGGAGCCUGCCUCCCGAUUCCUCAUGACUGCAGUGACUUCGUUUUGCAGCCGCUACCCCCGGCCCUCCUGCUGCUCUCUGAUUGGACCCAUCCUGCAGGCCCGGUUCACAGGGAGUGUUCAGAUGGAGCUGGUCUGCAGACUGAUUGAGGACUGCCUGGACCCUGAACAUUACGUGCUGGUGUUUGGACAGGUGCUGUGCGUGCCGUGGAGGGAGGAGGUCCUCUCUGUCAUUCACACACUGCUGGACAGGAAGGUGGCGCUCUCCCCGGACCAGUUUGAGCAGUUUAUUGACAGGCUGAGCCAGCAGGCUGCCCACUUCAGCAAGUCCAUGAAAUUUGCAAAGCUGGUCCUUGCAGUCCUGACCAAGCACCAGAGCAGUGUAACCGUGACGCAUAAAAACACUUUAGCGUGCUCCAUUGCCUUAAACGAGACCUUCCUGAAGAAGUGUUUGGAAGCGGCCCUGAAGCGCAUCGCUGCUGUCUGAUGCCGUUGAGGAGGGCGGGAGUUGCUGCAGCCCUUCAGCAGAGCGGACUGGGGAGCACAGAGACCUCCUGCCAUGUGGAGGCUCUCCAGAGAUCUGGGGAGCACAGAGACCUCCUGCCAUGUGGAGGCCCUUCAGAGAUCUGGGGAGCACAGAGACCUCCUGCCAUGUGGAGGCUCUCCAGAGACCUCCUGCCAUGUGGGGGCUCUCCAGAGAUCUGGGGAGCACAGAGACCUCCAGCCAUGUGGAGGCUCUCCAGAGACCUCCUGCCAUGUGGGGGCUCUUCAGAGAUCUGGGGAGCACAGAGACCUCCAGCCAUGUGGAGGCUCUCCAGAGAUCUGGGGAGCACAGAGACCUCCUGCCAUGUGGGGGCUCUUCAGAGAUCUGGGGAGCACAGAGACCUCCAGCCAUGUGGAGGCUCUCCAGAGAUCUGGGGAGCACAGAGACCUCGAGCCAUGUGGGGGCUCUUCAGAGAUCCAGGGAGCGCAGAGACUACCACUUAAUGAUGUUGGUUUAAGAAUCCACAAGGAAUCUCUUUUGUUAAUGAUGUUGUGUGUUUGUUGAAGAAUCCACAAGGAAUCUCUUUUGUUAAUGAUGUUGUGUGUUUAUUUAAGAAUCCACAAGGAAUCUUGUUUGUUAAUGAUGUUGUGUGUUUGUUGAAGAAUCCACAAGGAAUCUUGUUUGUUAAUGGUGUUGUGUGAUUUGUAUGCUGUUCUGUAAAUGGAGCAUUCUGUAUUAAACUUAUUUUUUUAAACAUUUCA